ACGCUCUUCCUGGAGUGCAUCAAAGGAACAGGCUCUUUAGUGGAAAAACGGCCACUAGCUUCUGAUCCUGCAGACAUGGACUCGUCCAGUGACAAGCUUUUCUGCUGCAGGUGGGUGCGCCGCAGGGUUCCCCAGGCCCACAGAGAGGAACUGUACCACAUCCUGAGAAUGACGGGGCCUCUGCUGCUCUCUAGAAUCCUCAAUUACCUGCUUCCAUUUGUGGUUACAAUGUUCUGUGGGCGUCUGGGAAAUGAAGUGAUGGCUGGCUAUGGAUUAGCUUCAGCUACCAUUAAUGUUACAACUGCAGCAACAGGUUGUGGUCUGGGACUGGCAUGUGAUACUUUGGUGUCUCAGACAUUUGGUGGUAAGAAUCUGCUGCGGGUGGGAGUGAUCCUUCAGCGGGGGAUCAUCAUCCUGCUGAUAUUCUGUCUGCCCUGCUGGGGCCUCCUCAUUAAUUCCCAGGCCAUCCUGUUAUGCCUGGGUCAAGACCCUGAGGUGGCCAGAAUCGCACAGCUGUAUAUUACAGCCUUCCUUCCUGCUGUUCCUGCAAUGUUUCUCCACCAGCUUCAAGUGUCUUAUUUGCAGAACCAGGGUAUAAUACUGCCACAAAUGUACACUGCUGCCCUGGCAAACAUAGCAAAUGUGGUGACAAACUACAUCUUCCUUUACUGGCUGAAUCUGGGUGUUAGUGGAUCUGCAGCAGCCAAUACUCUGUCUCAGAUUUACAUCUGCGCUUUGCUGUUUGCUUACAUUUGGUGGAAGAAGCUGCAUGUAACAACAUGGGGAGGCUGGUCUGUAGAAUCACUGCAGGAGUGGGGCUCCUACAUGAAACUGGCCAUUCCCAGCACACUGAUGACAUGUUUCGAAUGGUGGGUUUAUGAGUUUGGUGGAUUCUUUGCAGGAAUGCUGAGUGAAGAUGAGCUGGCAGCCCAACAUGCUGUCAUAAUGGUGGCUUUCAUAACCUACAUGUUCCCACUUGGUAUUCAAGCUGCAGCAUGUGCCCGAGUUGGUAACGCACUCGGUGCAGGAGACACUGCCAGGGCCAUUCUUACCAGCAAGAUGUCACUCGCUCUUGCAGGCAGCUUUGCAGUUGUUGAAGGUCUUGUGCUCGGCUCUACCAAAUCAGUGAUUGGCUUCAUGUUCACCUCUGAUGAGAAGAUCAUAGGUCUGGUCUCCCAUCUGAUGAAUGCUUACUGUUUUCUUCAGUUCUUUGAUGGUCUUGUGUGUGUGUGCACGGGCAUCUUCUUGGGCACGGGCAAACAGAAGAUACCAGCUGUGGCUAAUCUCAUUGGAUACUACUGCAUAGGACUCGCUCUGAGUGUCACUUUAAUGUUUGUUGCAAAACUGAGAGUUGUGGGUUUUUGGCUGGGACUGCUCAUUUGUGUCAUCUUACAGUCCACCUUCUACAUCAUAGUCAUCUUCAAGCUGAACUGGAGGAGAAUGACAGAGGAGGCUGUGAAAAGAGCUCAGAAAAAGAUGACAUUAUCGAGCACGGCUGCUGGUAACAACAUUGCUGACCGAACGGUCAGUAAUGGGAACUCAGAGAACGACUACGUGCCUGUGAGCACAGAUGAGAAGACAGAAGGAGGACAUGAGGUCCAGCAAGUGAAGGACGGCCGUCUCUCCAACACACAGCUGAUCCUCCGGCGGGGCCUCACUAUGUUUGCAGCAGUUGGCCUUCUGGCUGUGGGAGCAAGUGUGCACUUCCUCGUCUCCCUGCCAGAGACUGUGCCUUCAGAGGCCAACUUUACUUUGGCCUGGAUCAAUACCACAUACAGUCCUGAUCAAAUUUUCUCUACUGUAUGGGUUCCCCUUCAAAAUGAGGAUAACCUUUAAAGCUUGGAUCAUAAAGUAAUUGGUUGUGUUGAAUAUCAUUAAAACUUUGAAUUUUAGACUCAUGUGGACUUGUUAUCUUUGACUGAAAUU